CCCGGCGAACAUCACCGCAGGCGGCGACUUCAACCGCUCCGCUAAACUUAUAUAUACACGGGCGAUGUGGUGGACGGCGGCGACGGUCGACAACGUUGCUGGUGUAUAACGGUACAUAUUGUUUAACGACGGAUAUACGCCGCUUUAAUUACUCUGCCGUCAGCAUGAUAUGUAGAACACAUGCUAUUCCUAGCUUUUGACAACCCUGGAGAUAGCAGCUUAGCUUAAAGCACAAACAAACUAGGUUGAGCGAAGUGCUAGCUAAUGUUAGUUAGCGUUAGUUGAGCUUCGUGUGGUGUUCUUUGUCUGCUGGUUCACUACCGGAUAACUGUCCAGACACUGACGUGAAGUUAUCAGGUUAGCAUCACCACACUCGAAAAGCUUAAAGCUCCGGACUCAAGCUACUCAGCGUGGCUUAAAUUAACACAGGGCCGACUUUUACUUCAAAUUUACAGGAUUUCCACUUCAGCAGUUCUAAUCACUGGACGUAACCUCACCUGUACCAAGGAGCUGAAUGGCCUCCGUUGUAGCAGUGAAAACUGAGAAGCGACCUGCAGCUGAUUCUCAGGAUGCAGACUCAAAUGCCAAAAAGCCCAGGAAACUGCUGCCCAGCCUGAAGACUAAGCGGGCCCCUGAGCUUGUCCUGGUGAUUGGUACGGGGGUAAGCUCUGCCGUGGCCCCUCAGGUCCCAGCACUUCGCUCCUGGAAAGGCCUUAUUCAGGCCUUGCUUGAUGCAGCCAAUGACUUUGACCUACUAGAGGAGGAAGAGAGUCGGCGUUUCCAGAAGCACAUGCAGGAAGAUAAGAAUUUGGUACAUGUGGCCCAUGACCUCAUUCAGAAACUUUCCCCGAGAACAGGCAAUGUGCGAUCCACAUUCUUCAAAGACUGUCUAUAUGAAGUGUUUGAUGAUUUGGAGUGCAAGAUGGAGCAUGCAGGGAAACACUUGCUGCGGUCAGUGCUGCAGUUAAUGGAAAGUGGCGCACUGGUCCUCACUACUAACUUCGACAACCUGUUGGAGAUCUAUGCAGCACAUCAGGGCACCAAGCUGGAGUCUUUGGACCUGACAGAUGAGAAGAAGGUGUUGGAGUGGGCUCAGGAGAAACGGAGGUUGAGUGUUCUACAUAUCCACGGUGUUUACACUAACCCCAGUGGUAUCGUACUGCACCCUGCUGGCUAUCAGAACGUACUAAGGAACACUGAGGUUAUGCGUGAGAUCCAGAAGCUCUACGAAACCAAAUCAUUUGUGUUUCUCGGCUGUGGGCGCACUGUAGACGACACAACCUUCCAGGCUUUGUUUUUGGAAGCAGUAAAACACAAAUCGGACCUGGAACACUUCAUGCUUGUGCGGCGGGAGGAUGUGGGUGAGUUCAAGAAGCUGCGUGACAACAUGCUUGACAAGGGCAUCAAGGUCAUCUCCUAUGGAGAUGAGUAUGCCGACCUACCUGAGUACUUUGAGAGGCUGGCCAAUGAGAUCUGCAACCGUGAUGUGUCUACAAAUGGCUGGGGGUCUCCCUCACAAAAUGGGGAGGAACAGCAGAAUGGCUUUAACACACAGAAAAGUCUCCUUCAAGGUUAGGACUGAAUGCUUCUUUGACUUCAAGCAGUGGCCACUUGCAAAAGACAUUUUCAGAAUAACAUAACAAAACUCUGUCCAAGGCUCUUGUUUUCUUACUGCAUGCUGGUAGAUAGAAAAUUCAAGCCCGUUCUUGAUUUUCAGUGACAAAAGACCUGCUGGUAUUUCUUUACACAAAGAUCCUACUGACUUUGCAGUAAUAAUAUUGUCAGUGGCAACGUUUCAGUUGAUGCUUUUUGUUUUUCAACUUUUCACUUAAGUCCUUCCUUUUCUUUUUGCCCCAGACUAUCAUUCUUGACAGGCACACAGUCGGGAUCAGUUUCAGUCAUUUUCCUCCACAGCUCGGCUGAGUGACCGGUCGACUCUGAGUAGUAUUCAAGUCUGAGUUUAUUGAAUGGAUUUAGGAAUCCAUGGAAGACCUAAAAGCUGUCAGUAUUUAUCAGAUGACCGUUUUUUUUUUUUUUUUUCUUUAAUUUUCAUUUAUUUAGCUUUUAUUUAAAAGGGAAAGAAGUUCCCCAACCUCAUAGUCUCCAUAAUCCUCUAUUUAAAUGUUGCUGAAACCUCAAUGUUUGGGAAGCUUAAUACAAGCUUUGAAGUAUGCAGAUCAUGGAAUGGUACGUUCUCACUUCAGCUUGACCAAAAAGAUAGAUGUGAAUCCACUGACAGAAGCUGACAGUGCUGUUUGGAUUUGAACAGAUCGAACAUAAACGCAGCUGAACUGCAACACCUAGAUCUACCUGCCCUGAAAAAAAGACGUUGUAGAUGCAAAGCUAUGACGCACAUCACAUGCUCUUAACUGAAAACUGUCUUGUGUUGAAGGCUUGAAUCAGUCAUGCUCAACCCUGCAACCAGGAAAACUUGUUUUGCACACUACUGGGUGGGGAAAAGGAUGGGUGGAAAUAAUUCUCUUAAAUGAUAGGUGGCAAAUUGAUUAUUGUUAUGAUUCUGUCUUAAUGUGGAAGUUCAGAAGAGUUAUGUUUUCAUAGCAGAGCAAUUCCCUGCCAGUAGCAAUCUCUUUGCCACUCCUGUGCUGAAAAUAAAACUAUGUUCUUUGUAAGCCUUUUUUUGUAUUUUUAAUACUUGCAUGUGUUUUCUGAUAUAGUAUUUAUAAGUACUAUUUUCAAAAUAAAGCUUUUGGUAUCCCA